AAAACGAAAGUGUGCCGGUAAGUUUCGUUUUCCUGUGUAGCAGCUGAUGCUGGUAGAUAAAUACGGAGACAUUCUGCGCAACAACAUUCACAAGUCAACCAACGUCCCGUCGCAGAGGAAGAGUAUCUCCCAACCGACCAGAAUGAGCAGACCUACAGACUGGGUUCCUUCCUUGUGGAUGGAGACCUUUCAGGAUUUGCUGGAAGACGAGCUGGAGUACGAAGACCAGUGGAACUUCAACUUUAGCUACCAACUCACAAAGGAUCUCACAUCCAAGGAGAAAAAGAGAGGCUGGAAGAUCUUCAUCCAGUGUGUACACGGAAAUUUCCAUUGUUCAUCUUGCCGCAAGACCUGGUCCUCAGCACGGGUGACGCUGUUGUUCCGCUACAUGCUGCGAGGAACGAGGGGGUCAGUGAUCAUGAGGCCCUUUGGACAGGCCUGCCUCACUUGCCAAAACGAUCAGUUUGAACUGCCUGGUUUUUCCGAGGAAGACGUGGAAAACGCCUUACUCAGACUGUUUGCCAAAAUACGGAAGAACUGCUACGGCGACGACAACGGUGAUGUUGGGUUUUCAGGAGACAACGAGGUGAAAACCAAACCGCAUGAGAAGGCCCUGUGUCAGGCCUGCAGGGAUGGCAUCUGCUGUCAGGAGGAGGACGACGACGAUGACGAUGAUUAGAAGAAUGUGGAUGUGUGAGUGAAAGAGAAUCAGAGGCAGAGGAGUGACAGUGAAAGGCUGGCAGGUGCUGUGUUGAUGGGCUGAGAUGUUUCUUUUUGGUUUGAAUGACCCUUUUUUGGUAUUUUAAAGUGGACCAUUUUGUGUGUGUAUUGUUUUGUUGUCAUUUAUGUUGUAAUGUUCCUCUUCAGCAUCAGCACCAAUAAUACAUUCACUCCUGUAAAUAUAUAAACUAUAUGUUACAUGUUUGUCACUUUUAAAUAAAGUUUUUGUUCACGUCAA